UAUGCCUGCAUUGUACCCUAAGUAGGUGCUAGAAUAAUUUAAUCGGUCUAUGCAGCUUCAGUUUUUUCCUUCACAUAUCUACGUACGAAAGCAUUUCAUGCUUUACGAAGUAUUACCAGCCUUGUUGACAAUUGUUAUGUUCUUGCAUCUGACUUCAUUGUUUUAUACUGUAUUGUUAUUUGAUUGGCGAUGUCAUUCAUGCGUGCUUGGAAUUUUAAUUGCUGAUAUUCUGGUCUGGAUGGAUAAACGGAAAGGCCGUCUCCUAACCGAUCAUCGUAAUUCCGGUGAUCAGGAAGCGGACAACCGUCCGCUUGAUAACGUGGCGAGCGCACAUCAGUCGCGCCGGCCGAAUCGUCGGGGUUAUCGUGUGUUACUAAAAUCUCGCCCGCGUAAACAUCGAAGUGCACGAACUGCUGACCAACAUGCUGAUGCGAAGACAUCGCGACAUCGUGAAGAAUCCCAAGACGCCAUUGAGCGGCAGGAUGCGGCUGUGCGUGUUUCGCUGCCAAUGAAAUCCACACGGUUGGGACCAAUUUUCGGAAAUAUGCGGGUGUCUGAACGAAUGCACCGAGAAAAAGCCGAAGAUGUCUUGUGCAAGAAAGCCCACCCUUCUUCGCGACCGGCUCCGUUUUUCCAGUCAUCGUCUUUUCCGAAACUACCGGAAUCAGUUCAACGUUACCUGCGAGAGCCGACGCUGGUCUCCUUCAGCAACCCAUCGGAUGAAUUGGCUUGGCUAGAAGCAGACGCCACGAGUGACGGAGGGGUCAGCGAAAGAGAGCCAGCACGGGGCGGUGCUACCCCGAAAACGCAACGGGCAGACGGUGACCAGUCGAAAGAGCGCGUCCAUACGCAGCAUUCGACAGAAUACGUGUACUCCCACCGGAGUGUCACAUCCGAUCAUCUCAGUCAACAGUCAACACAAGCCAACCGGCAUUCUUCCGCGGGGAGGGCAAAACAUCGUCCCGAGCGUCGCCAUAGUCAAAAUAAAUUGGUCACCAGAGGGACCAGUCCGAUUUUGGCCCGUUCACUGCGAUUGCCGCGCCGCUCUUCUCGGGAUCAUGUUUCGCUGGAUGAAGCUGUUCAGACAGUGGACUAUGAGCAGUCGCGAUCGGGAAAUUCCUCGGGAAGUCUGGCCCGGUCUGUCGCGAUUCAGUUUGCUUCGACUCCAGCACCGGAUAGCGGCGGUGUUUCUCCUCUGGACGUAGCUCCUUCACCCGGUCAAAACGUUACACCGGCGAGAGAUCACGUCGCCGCUUCGUUAAGAACAUCCGGAGCAGCAGUGCCAGAGCGGGUCUUGCUGGAUACGGGGGAAGUUGCACUACUUAUACGAGGACCAGUGCAGAUUAUCCCUUUGCCUGAAAGUCGCAACGCAGAUAGAAGAAACAGCCAAGGGAAGCACUGCGAAUCGAAACAGAAGGUCGCUCGUCGACAAGAUAAUGUUGAUAUUCCACGUAAAAAGCGCCCACACACGAGUAUGCACCCUGUAAAUUUGCCGGAUACUGCGAAACUCGGUACACUGGACACAAGUAUCGGUUUUAACUUUAACCCGACUCCGGUAUUUCGACCGAUAACAGCACCAGGAAUUGGUUCGCAUGAUGUGCUUUCUGAUUUGAAUACCCCGUUCAAACAACCGAAAGGGCGUUUAACCGACGCGGAAGAGUAUGGUGGAGUGAAACCAGCAUCGACCAAUCCUGGAAGCUAUCUCCCGCCAGGACAUUCGCUGAAUUUUAAUUACGAUGAAGCGGACCGGAUUGCCGCGGAAUACCGAAUGUUGCGGGAAGAAGCGCAAAGUCGGGUUUCACUGAUGGACUUAACCUUUCCUGUCCGCACUUUGAGCCGUGCAGAUAACAAGCCAGCGGAAACUAUAGACACCGAACCGCUUCGGAGGGGCGCCGUCUCUCGUGUGUACCCGCGAAAGAUGUUCUAAAUGAAAUGAGUCUUGAAGCAAGUCUGAGAUUUUAUUUCUGUAACAUAAUUCUCGUCCAUAGACGUUUCCCGGGUUUUCAUGACAUAACUAUGCAUGUACAAUAUUAUGCAUGUGGUACGUAUUAUACUCGUAUGGUAGUAAACUCACAACUAUUUUAGCUUGUUUGUGCUAACAUCCGAACAGAUGAA